AAACUUAGAUGGUGCUGUAAGUCUUCUGAACGAAAUGAAGCAGAAAGGCAUUCCUCCAGACAUAGUCACGUAUAGUUCAUUGAUUGAUGGUUUGUGUAAGUUUGGUCAAUGGGAAAAGGUUAGGAUUUUGUUCUCUGAAAUGAUGAACCUUAAUAUUUAUCCAGAUGUGCGCACCUUCACUAUACUAACAGAUGGAUUAUGCAAAGAAGGGAAAGUAGAAGACGCUGAGGAAGUAAUGAGACAAAUGGUCAGAAAAGGUGUAGAACCUAAUAUAAUUAUAUACACUGUGAUAAUGGACGACUAUUGUUUGCAUGGCAAACUGGAUAGAGCGAGGAGAGUUUUUGAUUUCAUGAUAGAUAAGAAAAUUGAACCUGACAUUAUUUGCUAUAGUGUACUGAUAAAUGGAUACUGUAAAGUAAAACAAUUGGCCGAGGCCAUGCAAUUGUUUCAUGAAAUUUCUCAAAAGGGAUCAAAACCUGAUAUUUUUACCUACAAUAUCCUCUUGCAAGGUCUGUUUGAAGCUGGAAAAAUUGACUCUGCAAAAAAAUUCUUUGCUGAGAUGCUAUCAACGGGGCUUGUACCUGAUUUAUACACUCUCUGCACUUUGCUCAAUGGUUAUUUUAAAUAUGGACUUGUUGAAGAAGCUAUGUCGUUCUUUAAUAAGUUGGAAAGAGAGAUAGAAUAUACUAGUAUUGAAUUUUACAAUGUUGUCAUUAAUGGAUUGUGCAAAAAUGGUGAACUCGACAAAGCUCGUGUGAUAUUUGAGAAGCUUUCUUUAAUUGGAAUGCUUCCAAAUGUGAGAACAUACACUAUAAUGAUAAAUGGAUUUAGUCUCGAAGGGUUUCUGGAUGAAGCUAAAGAUAUGCUUAGAAAAAUGGAGGACAACGGUUGUAUGCCAAACAAUGUUACAUACAAUGUUUUUGUGCGAGGAUACCUAAGGUGCAGUAAAAUAAAUGAAAUGGCAACUUAUAUGAAGGAAAUGGUUAGAAAGGGCUUCUCAUGUGAUGCAGAUACAACUGAGUUACUGGUAAAUGUUAUAAGGGAGAAUCCUUCUGUCCUUGACAUGAUACCUGAGUUUCGAUCUGACUAUAAGAAGCAUGUUAUUUCCAGAUUUGUGGAAAAACAGUUGUGUGUCUUAUUUUAUGCUUCAAUGCUGUGUUAUACUGCUGGUAACUUUAGUAUAAUUAGUGAAGUAAUUAGUGGGAUGGAGAUGGACACAGUAGAAGGGAAGUUUGUGCUAUGCUCUGUACUCACUAUAAGAGAGAUUCCUUUGGCAUUUGAGAUGAGGAGAUUUUGUGUACGCAAUGGUAUUCCUUUUCUCUCUUUUUCUCCUAAUUCUCAUUCUUGUUUUACGGCAAUUACAGUGAGAAUUUAUAGUAAUAAAUCCAUUUCUGCAAUGGAUAAAUUUGAUUUUGGGGUUAACAUCAACUGUUUAGAUGAUGCUGUGAUUCUCUUUAAGCAAAUGGUUACAAUGAAGAAUCUUCCUUCUCUUGUUGAUUUCUGUAAAUUAUUUAAGACUACGAUAAAUAUGAAGCAUUAUUCUGCUGUUGUUUCUCUUUUUCGAGAAAUGCAGAAAUUGGCUAUCCCAAUUAAUGGAGUCAUCUUAAAUAUUGUCAUUAAUAGUUAUUGCCUGAUGCAUCGUGUUGAUUGUGCAUUUUCGGUGUUACCCAUUUACUUGAAGAAUGGCAUUCCAUUUGAUGUUGUCACCUUUAACACCCUAUUAAGGGGAAUCUUUGCUGAAAAUAAGGUCAAAGAUGCUGUUGAAUUGUUCAAAAAGGUGGUGCGAGAAAAGAUUUGUGAACCUAAUGAAGUCAUGUAUGGAACCGUCAUGAAUGGGCUUAGUAAAAGGGGUCAUACAGAGAAGACUUUAAGUUUGCUCCGGUUAAUGGAACAAGGGAACACUAAGCCCAACAUAAUUAACUACAACAUCAUCAUAGAUGCCCUUUGCAAAGAUGGAAACUUAGAUGCUGCUAUCAAUCUUAUGAAUGAGAUGAAGCAGAAAGAUAUUCCUCCAAAUAUAGUUAUAUAUAACUCAAUAAUUGAUGGUAUGUGUAAGCUUGGUGAAUGGGAAAAGUGUAAGACUUUGUUCUCUGAGAUGGUAAACCUUAAUAUUUAUCCAAAUGUACGCACCUUCAACAUACUAACAGAUGGACUAUGCAAAGAAGGGAAAGUCGAAGAUGCUAAGGAAGUAAUGGGAUACAUGAUUGAAAAAGGUAUAGAGCCUGAUAUAAUCACCUACAAUGCAAUAAUGCAUGGAUAUUGUUUGAGUGGUCAACUUGAUGGAGCGAGGAAACUUUUUGAUUUCAUGAUAAAUAAGUGCAUUGAGCCUAACAUUGUUAGCUAUAACAUACUAAUAAAUGGAUACUGUAAGAAAAAGAAAUUGGCUAAGGCCAUGCAAUUGUUUUGUGAAAUUUCUCAAAAGGGACCAAAGCCUACUACUUUUAUCUACAAUACUAUCUUGCAAGGUCUGUUUGAUGUCGGAAGAAUUGGAUCUGCUAAAAAUAUGUAUGCUGAGAUGCUAUCUGCAGGGUGUAUUCCUGAUUUGUACACUCACAGCACUUUGCUCAAUGGUUAUUUUAAGUAUGGACUUGUUGAAGAAGUUAUUUCACUCUUUAAUAAGUUGGAAAAACAGGGAGAAAAUAUGGAUAUUGUAUUUUACAAUGUUGUCAUUAAUGGAUUGUGCAAAAAUGGUAAACUUGACAAAGCUCAUACUCUUUUUGAGAAGCUUUCUUCAAUGGGAUUGCUUCCGAAUGUGAGAACAUACACUACAUUGAUAACUGGAUUUUGUCUACAAGGAUUAUUAGAUGAAGCUAAAGAUAUGCUUCUGAAAAUGGAGGGCAACAAUUGUUUUCCAGACAAUGUCACCUACAAUGUUAUGGUGAAAGGAUUCCUCAGGUGCAGCAGAAUUAGUGAAAUGACAACUUUCAUGAAGGAAAUGACCGGAAGAGGCUUCUCAGUUGAUGCAUCUACAACUGAGUUGUUGGUAAACAUUAUAAGGGAUAAUCCUUUUGUCCUUGACAUGAUACCCGAGCUUCACUUGAAAAAUAAGAAGUGAAUAUUUCUUUCGCUUGUUUUAUUCGGCUAUGCUAUCACUGUGAUACAAUUUCCCUUUUAUCCAUGCAAAAGAAAUGGCAUACUAUGCAAUCGCAGAAGCUGAUUGCACUUAGGAUGCUGCUUGAGAUUUUUAGGCAGGCCUAUUGAGGAGGUUGCUUUUGAUUACUCACUGUGGUGGAAGUUUCAGAAAGAUGGCAAGUUUAUUGUCAAAGUAUGUUUUAGAAAUUUUUGGGGAAUAUGGGAAGCAUUCAAAAGGACUGGCCAUUGAGAACAAUUUGGAAGUCAAUUGCACCCCUGGAAGCCACCUGUUUCACUUGGAUCGCUAAUCCCGAAGCUUGUUCUGUGCAGCAGCCAGCAGAUGCUUUUUGUGUGAAAGUGCUCAUGAAUAAGUAAAUCAUCUACUGCUUGACUGCACCUUCACUAGACAGAUCUAGACAAUGUUUCGUGCUAUUUUUGGUGUCCAACAGGUCAUGCCAGGAUGCAUUAAACUUGCACUAAGCAGCUGGAACAAGCAGCUUCACAAAGGGACAAUGAACACUAUGAAAUUGCUAUUCCUUCCUUCAUUUUAUGGUCUAUUUGGAUGGAGAGGAAUUGUAGAUAUUUCAAUGACAAGAGAAGCAAGAAAAAAAGGUAUGGCGAGACUGGAUCACCUUGCCUUAGACCCGUCUGAGCAGGGAAUUUUUUUUCCCCGUAGUACCAUUAAUAAUGAUAGAUACUCUUUAACAGCAGUAACAGCGUACUUUUAUCCAUUACAAUACUUUGACAGAGUAAGCUGAGAAUUCUUUUUUGACAAUUAUGUAAUCUGAGAAUUCUUGUUCAGUGUAGUAUC